UCCACUUGGUAAUAAUUUAAAGAUGGCGUUAAAAACAAUUGCCAACUUUAAAAUCGAUUUUUGAGUGCGGCGCAAUAAAAAAGUAACCUGAUUUUUAGCCGGAAGAGGUUUAGGUCCAUGAAUGUCUAACAUUCAUCGAUAAAAAAUGAAACCUCUGAUGCUGCAUGGGCACGAGCGUGCCAUCACGAUGAUAAAAUACAACCGGGAAGGAGAUCUUAUUUUCAGCGCGUCCAAAGACAAGAAACCAAACGUCUGGUACUCGUUAAAUGGAGAAAGACUCGGUACCUUUAAUGGCCACAAUGGCUCUAUUUGGUGCAUUGACGUCAAUUGGGACACCUCCCGUUUUAUUUCUGGUUCUGGUGACAAUUCAUUGAGAAUUUGGGAUUGUCAAACUGGUAAAGAAAUAGGCCGGCUAGAUACUAACAGCUCAGUACGAACAUGUGCAUUCAGUUUCUCAGCAAACACGGCAGUAUUUUCUACAGACAAAGCCCUAGGUCAUCAAUGUGAAAUGUUUAUCAUCGACACCCGCAAUGUUGAGCCGACUUUGUCACUUGAAGACGCAAUUAUCCGGAUACCAAUUAAUGGACCUAGAAUUUCAGCAAUUUUGUGGGGUGCUCUUGAUGAAACAAUAAUUACUGGUCAUGAAGACGGAGAAAUAAAUAUCUGGGAUGUUAGAACCGGAAAAAAAUUGAACAGCCAAAAAGGACACAAGAGCCAGAUAAAUGACAUGCAAGUAAACAAAGACGGGACGAUGUUCAUAACAGCGAGUAAAGAUCACACGGCUAAAUUAUUUGACAGCGAGUCUUUGAUGCAUUUGAAGACUUACAAAACCGAGAGACCCGUAAACUCGGCGACAAUAUCCCCGAUUUAUGACCACGUGGUGCUGGGAGGUGGCCAGGACGCGAUGGACGUCACGACAACGUCAACGCGCCAAGGGAAAUUCGACGCCCGUUUUUACCACCUGGUAUUCGAAGAAGAAUUCGCCCGAUUGAAAGGUCACUUUGGGCCAAUAAAUUCACUGGCGUUUCAUCCAAACGGACGGAGUUUUUCUAGUGGCGGUGAAGACGGUUACGUUCGUAUAAAUACUUUUGACCAAUCGUACUUUGAUUUUCAUUUUGAAUAUUAAUUUUAAAAUUAUAAUGUUUUAAAUGU